CAGCGCCCAGCCUAAAGCGGCCUGCUGGGGACCUGGUGAGUGCUGGAGGAGCAGGGAGCUUUUGGGAGAAGAAGGUUUCUUCCCUUUGCAUUGGGCACAGCAGGGUCCUUUCUUCCAGGUCCCCCUGUCCUGACAGGUCCUAAUUACUCUACUAUCAGCUGGUAAAGGAAACCUCUGUGCAGGGCUGGCGCCAAGGGUCGGCGUGAUAGGGCACUGGUCAAGGGUCCCCACCCCAGCGGGGGCCCAGUGACGGAAGUCCGCCCGGCAUUGUUCCCUCCUCUUCACCGCCUCAACCUGCUUCUUCACCUGCUUCUUUGGAGACAACGGCUCUCUGCCUGGCCAGCAAGCAAGUGGCAGCAAGGAAGAGGACGAGGAGCGAAAGCCGUUGGUGAGAAUGGCAGUGAGAAGGGAGAAGACCCAGGCACUAGCUUAAACAGCCCACCAAUUUGGCAACGCUUUUGUCUUAAAGUGGAAGGCGAUAUUUUUAGCCUUGAUGGGAGCUGCCUUGGAGCAUGGAUCAAGAAUGGAAGGGCUGGAUUCAACCAGCCCAGAAGAAGGAAGAGACCCUGAAGCCAUCAUGCAUGAGAGCAGGGGGGAAUUCUGGGAAAGAACCAUCCAGGAUAUCCUGGGUGUGGAGGACACCCUCAGUGUGGAUAUACAGUGCCAGCACUUCAGGCUCUUCCGCUACCAAGAGGCCGAGGGCCCCCGGGAGGCCUGCAACCAACUCCACAGCCUUUGCCUUCAGUGGCUGAAGCCGGAGCGGCACACGAAAACUCAGAUCUUGGACCUGGUGAUUCUGGAGCAGUUUCUAACCAUCCUGCCCCCGGAGAUGCAGAGCUGGGUGAGGGAAUGUAGGCCGGAAACCAGUUCCCAGGCGGUGGCCCUGGCGGAAGGUUUCCUCUUGAGCCAGGCGGAGGACAAGAAGCAGGAAACGCAGCAGCCCCGCCCAUGUUUGCCUGUGGCUACGCCCACCACUGGAAUGCGGCCCCCGAGAGCUUCUUCGAAGCAGAAGUUGGCCCUGGGGCUAAAAAACGUUCAUCCCUCCUUCCCCCAGGCAAUGAAACCUCCAUCGGGCAACAAGCAGGGAUCACUCUUCCGGUGGCUCCUGGAGGAAUUUGACCAGGCUGCCACUUUCCUAGGGAAUGGAAUGACACCCGCGGUCCAUUCUCAGUUGUCUCCUGUUCGCGCUGGAGGCGAAACAGCAACUGUGCAACCAGACCAGGGCCGGGUGACCUUUGAGGAUGUGGCUGUAUAUUUCAGCGACCAGGAGUGGGCUUUGCUGGAUCCAGGCCAAAGAGCCCUGCAUGUGCAGGUUAUGGAGGAGAAUUGCGGGAAUCUGGCUACUCUGGCCCUGAUGGCAGCUGCCUUGAAACACAAAAGGAAUAUGGAUGACCAAGACUCAGCUGGCCUAGAUGCAGAAAAGGACCUUUAUGCCUUCCAAGCUGAGAAUAAGGAAGAAUUCUGCAGAAGAACUGUGCAGGCCGCCCUAGGUGGUGAUGCGCAGGACAAGGAUGAAAGAGAACUACGCAGGGGGACAUUGGAGACAACCAGAAGUCAAGAGGUUGAAGAGCAGAAAGCAAGAACAGAAGAAAAAGAGAAGAUGGGGGAUGACGCUUCUGCUUCUCAGGGUGAGGAUGUCUGUGAAAUCCCAGUCCAAGAAAGAAUUCACGAAGGAGAAGGAAGGACUAAGUGCCUCGUGUGUGGGAAACAGUUCAGUUGUCAGUCAAGCCUUGAUCUUAAUAUGAGAACUCGCACAGGAGAGAGUACUUUCAAGUGUUGUGAGUGUGGAAAGAACUUCAGAAUUAAGAAAUACCUCCCUCCUCAUCAAGGAAUUCACCCAACGGGGAAUCAAUUUAAUAGUUUGGAGUGUGGAAAGAGCAUCUGUUGGGCAGAGUCACUUACUGUACAUGAGUGUAUUCACAUGGGAGAGAAACCGUUUAAAUGCUUGAAGUGUGAACAAACUUUUACUCAGACGACACAUCUCACUGCUCAUCAGAAAAGUCACACAUGGGAGAAACCGUUCAAAUGCUUGGAGUGCGGAAAGAGCUUCAUUCAGAGCGCAAACCUUCUGUCACACCAAAGAAUUCACACCGGGGAGAAACCUUUUCAAUGCUUGGAGUGUGGAAAGAGCUUCAGAUGGAACUCACUCCUUAUGACACACCAAAGAAUUCACACAGGGGAGAAACCUUUUCAAUGCUUGGAGUGUGGAAAGAGCUUCAAUCGGAGCUCACACCUCAUGGCCCACCAAAGAAUUCACACAGGGGAGAAACCUUUUAAAUGCUUGGAGUGUGGAAAGAGCUUUGGUCAGAGCUCCCAACUUAUGGCACACCAGAGAAUUCACACAGGGGAGAAACCAUUUAAUUGUCUGGAGUGUGGUAAGAGUUUCACUCAGAGCUCCCAGCUUAUGGCACACCAAAGAAUUCACACAGGGGAGAAACCAUUUAAAUGCUUUGAGUGCGGAAAGACCUUUCCUGUUGAGAGAUACCUCACUUCCCAUCAAAGAACUCACACUGGUGAAAAAACAUUUAAUUGCCUGGAGUGUGGAAAGAGCUUCACUCAGAACUCACAGCUUAGGACUCACCAAAGAAUUCACACAGGGGAUAAACCUUUUCAAUGCCUGGAGUGUGGAAAGACCUUCCGUUUUGGGAGAUACCUCACUUCUCAUCAGAUAAUUCACACAGGAGAGAAACCAUUUAAAUGUUCGGAAUGUGGAAAGAGCUUCAACCGGAGCUCACACCUGGUGGAACACCAAAGAAUUCACACAGGGGAGAAACCUUUUAAAUGUUCAGACUGUGGAAAGAGCUAUUUUGGGAAACACUCCCUUAUUGAACAUCAGAAAAUUCACACCGCGAAAAAUGAUUUAGAUGAAGGAAGUGGAAAGGCGAUAAUUUUGGCCUUGAUGGGGGCUGCCUUGGAGCAUGUGUCAAAAAUGGAAGGCUCAGCUGGCCCUAAAGAUAAAAGAGACCCUGAUGCUGUCCCGGCUGAGAGCACUGCGGGAUUCUGGGAAAGAACCAUCCAGGAGAUCCUGGGUGAGGAGGACACCCUCAGCAUGGAUGUACAGCGCCAGCGCUUCAGGCUCUUCCGCUACUGGGAUGCCGACGGUCCCCGAGAGGCCUGCAACCGUCUCCACAGCCUUUGCCUUCAGUGGCUGAAGCCGGAGCGGCACACGAAAGCUCAGAUCUUGGACCUGGUGAUUCUGGAGCAGUUUCUAACCAUCCUGCCCCCGGAGAUAGAGAGCUGGGUCAGGGAAUGUGGAGCGGAGACCAGUUCCCAGGCGGUGGCCCUGGCGGAAGGUUUCCUCUUGAGCCAGGCGGAGGACAAGAAGCAGGAAACGCAGCAGCCCUGCCCACGUUUGCCUGUGGCUCCGCCCACCACUAGAAUGUGGCCCCUGAGAGCUUCUUUGAAACAGAAUUUGGCCCUGGGGCUGAAAAAGGUCCGUGCUCCCCCCGGCCCGCAGGCAAUGAAACCUCCAUCGGGCACCAGGCAGCGCUCACUUUUCCGGUGGCUCCUGGAGGAAUUUGACCAAGCUGCUACUUUCCUGGGGAAUGGAAUGACCCCAGCGAUCCAUUCUCGGUUGUCUCCUGAUGCUGCUGGCGGGGAAACAGCUGCUGUGCAGGGUGAUCAGUGUCCAGUGAGCUUUGGAGAUGUGGCUGUGGAUUUCACCAAUGAGGAGUGGGCUUUGCUGGAUCCAGGCCAAAGAGCCCUGCACAUGGAGGUUAUGGACGAGAAUUGUGGGAAUCUGGCUUCUCUGGUCCUGAUGGAUGAUGCCACGGAGCAUGGAUUGAAAAUGGAAGAGCACGACUCAGCUGGCCCACAAGCCGAAAGAGACCCCAAUGUCUUCCUGACUGAGAACGUGGGGGAAUUCUGCAGAACUGUGCAAGCGGUCCAUGGUGGUGAUGGGCAGGACGAGGAGGAUGAAAGAGAACUACGCAGGGGGUCGUUGGAAACAACCAGAAUUCAGGAGGUUAAAGAGCAGAACACAAGAACAGAAGAGAAAGAGAAGACGGGGGAUGAAGCUUCUGCUUCUCAGGGUGAGGACGUCUGUGAAAUCCCAGUCCAAGAAAGAAUACAUGAAGGAGAAGAAAGGACUCAGUGCCUUGUGUGUGGGAAACAGUUCAGUUGUCAAUCAAGCCUUAAUCUUAAUGGCAGAACUCACAUGGGAGGCAAACCACUUAAAUGUUUGGAGUGUGAAAAAGCUUUCCCUCAGAAGAUGCACCUCCCUUCUCAUCAAGUAACUUAUACACGGGAGAAGCCGUUUAAAUGCUUGGAGUGUGGAAAGAGCUUCAGAUGGAAUUCACGCCUUAUGACACACCAGCGAUUUCACACGGGAGAGAAGCCAUUUAAAUGCUCGCAGUGUGGAAAGAGCUUCAGUUUGAGCCAUAGUCUUACAUCACACCAAAGAAUCCACACAGGGGAGAAGCCGUUUAAAUGCUUGGAGUGUGGAAAGAGCUUCAGUCAGAGUGGACAGCUCAUUUCACAUCACAGAAUCCAUACAGGGGAGAAACCAUUUAAAUGUUUGGAGUGUGGAAAGACCUUCAUUCAGAGCUCCCAGCUUACGACACACCAGAGAACUCACACAGGAGAGAAACCAUUCAGAUGUUUGGAGUGCGGAAAGACCUUCAGUCAAGGCUCACAACUAACGACACACCAGAUAACUCACACAGGAGAGAAACCAUUUAAGUGUUUGGAGUGUGGAAAGAGCUUCAAUCGGAGCUCAUGCCUUAUGGCCCACGAAAGAAUUCACACGGGCGAGAAACCAUUUAAAUGUUUGGUGUGUGGAAAGAGCUACUUUGGGAAACACUCCCUUAUUUCACAUAAAAAAAUUCAUACAGGGGAAAAAUGAUUUCAAUAUUUAGAGUGUCAUAAGAGCUUCUGGUUGGCUACUUCUUUGCUGUAAUUACUUUACCUCAAAGAAUUCACCCAGGAGAAAAAUUCUUUCCAUACAUGCAGUGUGGAAAGUAGAACAUACCAAAGAAUUCAUUGAGUUAACUUAAAGUGGGUAAAGAUCCCGUUUGGUCCUGCCCACUUUGCCUUUGCCCCACCCACAGAUAGAAUGAGUCCUCAAUUGGACUGAAAAAGCCUCCCCAACCCAACCUAAAGGAUUGGAUCUGUAGCUUGUAUGUUCUCUUGGAUCAAUCAAUGUCAUUGGAGGCACAGGUAUUUUCUGUGCUGCACCAUGUCUUUUAUCAGAUUUGUCUGAUAUUCCUACCUGGCUGUGGAUAACCUGGCUUCAGUGGUCCAUUCUCUGGUAACUUUCUGGCUGGAUUACCGCAGUGUAUUGUAUAUGGGGCUGCCCUUGAAGACAGUUUGGGAACUUCAGGUUUAACUGGGGCCAGACAUGGUGAACCUGCAGUGCUGCAGAACAAUGUUCGUGAAGCUGGCCACAAUGUGGUUAGUGGAGGCUCCUAGUUAAGGAAAACAUAUGUCAGGUGAUACCAUUAACCCUGUUGCUUAACCAAAAACCUUUAACCACCAUGGUUAACAGUGUCGUCUGAACAGGGCCAGUAUAAAGCAGCUUCCUGUGUUCCUAAGAUCAUCAACUGAGGCUUUUUGCCGAGUACCCCUCUCAUCUGAGGUAUGGAGCAGGGCAAUGAAAGACCGGGCCUUUUCGUUGGUUGCUCAAUUGUGGAACAGCAUCCCUAGAAAAGGCCUGCCUGGCACUUACUGUAACAUCUUUUCAGCACCACAUUUAUGUUUUGUAAAGGUUCAGGUGCAUUAUUUUAAGUUUGAUAUUACUUUAGGGUGCAAUCCUAUGGACGUUUUGACAGGAAAGGGUUCUACAGCUUUCAUCAUAGCUGGCUGGGGAAUUCUGGAUGUUGUAGGACCUCUUUCUGGCUGUGGAAUGCUGGGAGUUGUAGGACUUUUUUCUGUCAGAACAUGCUUAGGACGGUGCCCUGAAGUCUUUGUUUUGACAGUGUUUAAUCUUUUUAAUCCUGCAGAAUUGUUGUAUUUCUCUACGUGGGUGUUGCAUUGCAUUUUGGUAUUGCAUACUGUUUGCAUUACGUUACUUUUUGUAU